ACAUGUGCAGCCCGCGUGUCUGUGCUGACUGAAGGUGCUAAUGGAAAUCUCCUAUUCUUGUGUGGCACGACUGACGAGGAAAAGACAAUGUGCUGUAGUUUGAACUCCACAUUUUCCCUGACGAACUGCUUCGACUUUGAACAUUAUAAGCCAGAUAUUAAUGAGCCGUCAUUACUUGUUGGUGAUAUGCUGUACUUCACUUUGUCUGAGAAGGGAUUAUACAGAAUCAAUAAAAACAAAGAGAGGAACAUUUGGCCUCCGUCGACUCAAACGGAGCAGAAGUACUUGAAGCUGAUCGCUGGUGAAGGCCAACACAAGGACAAAAUGUAUUCGUUCUUCGCAGAAAAACACAAAAAUAAGGAGGAUGAAUCUGACCAGUGGAUUCCACGAGUGUCUCAGAACUGCAUGAAUGACAAAGGAGGUCCUAAAGGUCAGCUCCAGAGCAGCUGGACGUCCAUGAUUUACGCCCGUCUGGAGUGUGGGAAAAGAGACUUCACUCAGCUCAUAGAUGUCGCCACAAUAAAAACAACACACGAUACCAAAAUAUACGCACUUUUCAGAAACUACUGGAACAUGAGUGCUGUGUGUGUUUAUAACAUGACUGAGAUAUCCACUAUCUUCAAUUCCUCCCAAUUCAACGCCAAUAAUGUUCCUGUCAGUCACAGACCUGGAACGUGUGUAGUGGACAGCACUCAGCUAAACGGAGAAGUGCUGACGUUUAUGAAGGAGCGUCCGGAAAUGAAGCAGACGGUGAAGCCAGAGAACGGCCCGCUCAUAUUCAGACACCACCAUUACUCUCACAUACAGGUGGACAGAGUUCAGGACAGCACCGUCCUGCUUCUGUCUCUAGAAAGUGGAGGAGUUCAUAAAGUCCUGGAAAGGCCAGUUCAGGAGCCUGUUUUUGUCAUUGCCGAGUACCUGCCAUUUCCACAUGGAUCAAGCAUUGCUAGCAUGAUUCUGCACACCUCUGAGAAUCUUCUGUAUGCGAGUUCUGGUAAUGAGCUGAUUCAGAUUGAUCUGGCCACAUGUGGUGUGUACGGGAAUGAGUGUGUCGAAUGUCGUUUAUCAAGAGACCCCUACUGCAAAUGGGACGGUUUACAGUGCACCAUUGCAGAAAAAACAGCCCAGGACACCAAUAAUUGUGAUAAGCCGCCUUACGAUGCACCAUCAAGGACUAUAACGGGUGCAAAUGUGCCGGUAAUUUCAGUCCAGCCAUCCUCAAAAUACUUUUUAGUCUGCCCUGUCAUUUCCCAUCAUGCAACAUACCACUGGUACCACAGUGACACACGCGAGGAGUGUGCUUCCACGGAUGAGGGCUGUAUAUAUCUGAUCGAAAGCAUGAAUAAGACUCACGAAGGGUCGUACAGAUGUGAGUAUACAGAGAACGGCAUUACUAAGACUGUCAGCUAUUAUGAGCUGAGCAUGAGCCUCUCAAACGGCUUCAUACCGAUACUGAUACCACACGCUUUACUUCUGCUCACAGCCUUUCAUAUCCUUUUAUAGACCGUCGAGAGUAUUAUUUUAUUCUGGACACUGUAAAAAUGCACUUCUUACUUCAACUUUUGACUUGUUUCUGGUACAAAUAUCUAAAAACUCUCACAAGCGAAAAAUAUAGUCUUGUUUUCAGAAAUAAUGAGUCAAAAUUAAGUGAGUUUUUUUUUGU